GUAUCCUGUUCAGACGCUGGUGCACAGAGAAAGGUUGGCCAGGGACCUGACGCCUGCCAGGACAGUGGGGACAAAUCAUUUGUGUGGACAGAGACAGUCCUGCGACGUUUUUCUCCCACUGAGCGGUCAACCACUGGAGCAGCUGGCCACAUCUUGGACAAAUUCCUGUAGAGAGCCCCCUCAGUUUCAACAGGAUGACGCUACCUGACUAUCCAGUUCCAGAGCUGGAUGCUACACUGCAAGAAGUGAGCCGUGUUCUGCAGCUCACACUAAGUCAAGAUCUUUACGAUGAGUUUAAAAGCACGCUUGAACAGCAGAGGAACACCCUUGAAGAAGCCCAGAUGAAAUUGGAGGCCAUUGCAGUGGGCCAAGAGAACUGGGUGACCCAGCAGUUCAAGCAGGGUUUGCUUUCUUGUGAUGAUCCCCUGCCUACUUCAACCGCUCUGCCAGUUGUUCUUCUCCCAACUAAAGCAAAGGGAUGCUCUCAGCUGGAGAGAGCAGCUGCUUUACUCUGGGCAGCAGCAAAGUUGUACAGUGACCCGCUCUUACUGGAGGGUGACAUUCCUAUGGAGCACACUCAGCAGUCUGAAGUGUUCGCUGCCAGCCGUAUUCCUGGCAAGAGCCAAGAUGAAAUUAAGGUCUACCCACAAAGCCUCCAUGCAAUCAUCACCUGUGCUGGUGGAGCGUUCCCCAUUGAGAUACUGUGGCGUCCCAGCACUGGCGGACCAGUUUCUGCCCGGUCCUUCACAGAAAUCUACAAGCAACUGGCCCAGGUGAUGGAGCUGCUCGGAGCGGGGAAACAGAAUGAUCCCCCUGUCAUUUGCAGCCUCUCAACUCUGGAACGCAAGUCCUGGGCUGCUCUCAGGGAAGAGAUCCUCAACCAAGGAGGCGACUCGCAAAAAUCACUUGAGCUCAUGGAGAGCGCCAUCCUUGUGCUCUGUCUGGAAGACGGUGACGCACCACCUGAAAUGGCUGAUGUCCUCAACGCAGUGAGGCUAGGAGGAGGAAGAGACUCCCCAUGCCUGAGAUAUUACGACAAGGUCCUGAACCUUGUUGUGUUUAAAGACUGCACAGCUGGGAUGGUGUUCGAGCACAGCGCUGUUGAUGGAAUGGUAGCUUCUCUUGUGACUGAACGUGUGUACCAACUAUCUGAGACUGUUGACCUAAACCUUGUGAAUAAUGACUUAGGAGAAAUGCCCCAGCCUGACACAAUUAAUGUUAAUUUGCCAUGUCCAAAAGCCCUAACCCUACCCUUUCAAGGGAUUGGUAACCUCCAACACAGCCCUGUAUUGACAGUAGACAAUCUAGUUCUCACUUUUGAUCUUCCAUCUUAUCCUGAUGUAUUUUCUACACUCAGAGAGCAGAGGGGCCUGUAUGAUGCUUGGGUCAACUUCUCCUUGCAGCUCUCCCUUUUGCAGACUCUUGGGGAGUCUGCUGCUAAACACAUGCUUGUCACACCUACACAUAUGCGGCACUACAAACAUGGCCGUUGUGAUCCCACAUACUCUCUCUCAAUCCAUUCCCGCAAGUUAGUUGCCACCUUAGCAUCUCGUAUCCGUCCUGAUAACACCAUCCACAACACUAAUGACUUACUGGAGCUGUUCCAUGUUGCUUUUUUGGAGCACAAGAGCCUCAUAAGAAGCACCAAAACUGGCCAAGGUGUUGGUCCCCACCUAGCUGCUCUGCGUCGGUCAUUGCCAGCUGACAAUCCACUGAGAAAAUUCCUGAAUCCAUUUGGAUGUCCAUCUGUAUACCUCACUGGUUCUGAUAGGAUGGAAGGUGUAGAGUGUGGAGUAGGAAAUGUUUAUGCACAAGACCAACUUGCUGUAACCUACCUUGGGAAGACAGACAAGGUGCGACUUGUGCUCAAUGGAAAGGGGGCAUUUGCUGUUGCUCUGAAAAGUCUUAAAGAUAACCUCAUGCUGAACUUGGAGUUGUUGAUGCUUUUAUCUGUAAGGUAUGCCAUCACAAGCCAAAUGGGAGCACUGGGUUGUCUGUCCAAGCGACAUCAAACAGAGCAGAUGCUUCAAUGCCAAGAAAAUCCAGGCAAGGGCAAAGGGACUCUUGACCCUGUAUCUGGCAUGGGCUCUGACUACAUUCUUGUGAUUCAUGGUGGUGCUGGUGAGGAGAUUAUGCUGAGCAGCAAAGUGACAGACAUGAUCGAGUUUGCACUGCAAACAGCUUUAACCCUUGGAGCCCAAAUUCUUGAACAAGGUGGCAGCAGUCUGGAUGCUGUACAGAGGUCUGUGGAAGCUUUAGAAGACUGUUUUCUAUUUAAUGCAGGAAAAGGUUCAGUUCUUAACAAAGAAGGCAAACAUGAAAUGGAAGCUACCAUUGUGGAUGGAAAUGGAAUGAGAUCAGGAUCUGUUGCUUGUGUGAAAAGUGUUAAAAACCCCAUCAAAGCAGCCAGAUGUGUGAUGGAGAAGAGCCAACAUUCACUGAUUGUUGGAGAGGGAGCUGAGGAGUUUCUGCAAGCAUUCAAGGACAAGGCAAAGUCAGUUGGGCAAGAGUAUUUUUACACCGACAUGCGUCACCAAGAGUUAAUUGAAAAACUCAGUGGAGGAAAUGCUGCUAAAAACAAUAACCCUCAGACAGUUGGCGCUGUGGCCUUGGAUCGUCAUAACACAUUGGCAGCUGCCACCUCCACAGGUGGCUUGGUGGGCAAACUGAAAGGGAGAGUAGGGGAUACUGCAGUUGUAGGAGCAGGAAUAUAUGCAGAUGACAAGGUAGCAAUUACCUGCUCUGGAGACGGAGAUGUCUUUUUAAGGAGCAGUGUGGCAGAAAAAAUAGCCAGUCUGUACUACAACAAGGGCUAUACUCUUCGGCAGGCCUGCAAGGAAGUCAUAGCCCAAAAUUUGAAAGAUGUGUGUGCUGGUAUCAUUGCUGUGGACAAAAAGGGUGACGCUGUCAUUGAAACAAAUGCUGGUGUGAUGUUUGUGGGCUCAAUGACUGCCGGUAUUUCCAGGGUAGAAGUUCUCAAGCCUAUGAAGAGUUUCACCAAUGUAAUUUGGGAAACCGAUGAGCUGGUUGCCUAUCUGAACCCUAAACCCUGGACCACUGGGUCAACCAUUCUGAGUAGAAAGACUUUGAGUGGGUCUAACAGCAUCUUCCAGUUGCCAAUACCUGAUUUUGUUGCUAUGCUACAAGGUGCAAAAACAGUAUCAAACUUGUUGUGUGAACGCCUGCGAGUACAACGCUGUUCCCUGAUAUUUUAUCCAACCCCUGCUAAACCAGCACAAAUUAGACUUCUCCCACUCUAUGGGUUAGAGCCAAAGUGGCAGCCCCAUCUUGCAGAUGAAGAGGAGUUCCACAGUCAUGACACAGGCUUCUGUAACUCAAAAAGUGGCCCACGCUGGGACGAUGAGGCACUGACCCAAGUUCAAGCCAAGAUCAGAAAUGCACUGCCCACAUCAAAUGCACCAUUUUGCUUUGACUACUUUGGUGAUCCUUCCAAUGAUGGCCUGUUUAGUCGGAUUGUACGAGGAGAGCAGCAACAGUGGAGAGUUUGGGAAGAUGGGCAGCAUGUUGCUUUCCUAACGCCAUACCCAAAUAGACCUGGUCUAACUGUUGUAGUGCCACGCAAACCCCUUUCCAGUGAUGUCUUCAGACUCGAUGAUCCUGACUACAAAGCUCUUAUUUUGGCCACAUACAAAGUUGCCAAACUGCUGCAGGAAGGAAUGGAGGCUCUAAAUGUUGCGUUGAUCUUUGAGGGGUUUGAGAUUGACCAUGCCCAUGCCAAACUGAUCCCUUUGUCACCAUCUCCAGAGGGGAAAAUGGCUCCUGAGCUACAACCAGAAUACUUCCAAACCUACCCUGGAUUUGUGUCGUCCUUGGAUGGCCCACCGGCUGAUGCUAAAUCCUUAGAAAACAUCCACAUAAAAAUCACCCAGAGCAGGCCUCCUCAUUCAUGGAAAGAUCCUCAGGUUCACUCUACACUGGCCAUUAAAAGCCAGUGGUAUCGCAACCUGUUUCAAAUUCAAAACACUUUAUUCCACAGCACUGUGGAAUAUUUCCACAGUUCCUGCCAGUACUCCUAUGCUCUGACCCCUCUCACCACAGAUGCCAUAUCUUCGCCAAUGGGCCUGGGGUCUGACUCAGAGCCAGUGUCUGUAAAUCUGCUUGGGCAAGAUGUGUACCUGGCUGACUCAAUGCAGUUUGUCCUUGAAUACUUCCUUCGGUUUCAGGAGAACCUCCCUGGAACUUACUACAUAUCUCCCAGUUUUAGAGGGGAAGAUCCAGACUCCACACACUUGAACCAGUUCUACCAUGUCGAGUGUGAAUUGUUGGGGGACAUGGAUGAUGCCAUUUCCAUUGCAGAGGGAUACUUGGUUCAUCUCACCAAGUCUAUGUUGAAAAACCAUUCAGACAUUAUCCAGAGCUCUGCUGGAACCUUAACGCAUGUGACAGAACUCUUGAGCAAACUGGAAGACAAAACUGCUCUGCCAAGAAUCCCCCUAGAUCAAGCUGUUUCCAUGAUGCCCUCUGCAGAAUGCUUAGAGUGGGUGCUAGAUGGCCAACCCAACUUUGGCAGGAAGCUAACUCGCAAAGGGGAGCGUGUCUUAAUAGAGAAAUUUGGUGGUGCUGUAUGGCUAACUGAGAUGGACCACCUGGGAGUUCCUUUCUACCAGGCGUACGUGGAAGGCACAGGUCGGCGCAAAGCCAAGGCAGCUGACCUCUUGUUGGGGCUGGGUGAGACCCUCGGUCUUGGUGAACGCCACUCCACACCUGAGAUGGUACAAGAAGCCCUGAGCCACCAUGCAGUACCAGAAGAUACCUACAAGUGGUAUAUUGGCAUGCGCAAAGAGAAGCCGCUCCUCACCAGUGGAUGGGGCAUGGGAACAGAGCGAUACUUGUGUUGGCUGCUUCAGCAUGAUGACGUUAGAGAUCUGCACAUCAUACCAAGGAUGAAGGGAGUAAAGUUCAUGCCCUGAUCGUAAGGCAACUGCAGAUAAUCAGGCCAAUAGAUGUAAUAUAUUUGCGGUAACUGGGCCAAACUAGACCAGGGUGUGGAUUCUGAGGUCACAAAUACAUCAGGGAUGCACAAUGUCUUGUUUUUCAGCUUCAAAAAAUGUACUGUGGCCUUUUUUUCCUGAUUACUGAUACCCUCAAAUGUAUGUACCAAAUGAAACGCUGAAUGCAACUUUUCUAAAAAUAAAUAUAUUGAAGUUAAA